AUGAUCCCCAUCCGCCCAAAACCCAACGGCAACAACCCCGACGGCAGCAGCAGCAGCAGCAGCAGCAGCAGCAACAGCACCUCCCCACCACCCCGCCGCGACAAACAAGCCGUCCACACCCCCUCCCCCUCCCGCAUCACCAGCAAACCCGUUCCCGAGCGCCAACUCCGCUCCCCGCGCGAAUACCAAAUCGACCAACUCAGGCGCCGUUUCAGCCCCUUAAAAGAAACCAUCGACCCUUCCACAGGCGGGGAGACCUCCCUGCUUUUUUCUCUCAAGCCCUCUGACCCGGAUUUUCCCUAUGACUUGGAGAAGCUUGAAUGCGAUUUACGGAUUCCCGGGGAGUAUCCCCGGCAGCCGGCGAGGUUGUUGGUGAGGAAUAAGGAUAUUCCGCGGGGGUUUGCGGUGAAUAUUGAACGGGGGUGGGAUCGGUUGGUGGAGGAGAGAAAGGGGAAUAAGGGGGUGACAACGUUGUUGAGUGUUUUGAAUGCUUUGGAUCGAGGGCUGGAAGGGUUUUUGGCAGAAGAGAAGAAGGAGACGGUCAAGAUUACGGUGUUUAAGGAUUCGAGGCAUUUGGAAGGUCAACCGAGUGGGGUUGUAGGGGAGAGGGGGAUGGAAGGGGUGUUGAAGGAGAAGGAGAAGGAGAAGGAGAAGGAGAAGCCGAGGCCGUAUAUCCCGCUGGAGAACUUUACCAGGGAUCAGAUUGCGGAAGCCAAGGCAAGAAGAGCGCAGGAGGUGCGUCAGCUCGAGGCUAGGAUGAGUGGACUGCCGCUUUAUCACAAGUCGAGCGACGGGGUGAUUUAUACGUUGCCGAUGGAUCCAAAGAGGAGGAGCAGUUUGCCGACGGGGUUGCAGAGCGUGCAUUCGGUGCAGCUGGUUAUUCCGUUGUUGUAUCCGCUGCAGCCGCUGAGGGUGUUGUUGAAUGAUGUGGAUGCUGACGAGGCUGAGGCGGUGGAGGAGCUGUUCACGCAGAAGGCGAUGGAACAGAAGCAGAUGAGUUUGACGAGCCACUUGAAUUACUUGGCGACGAAUAUGCAUGCUUUGGCGAAGCAGGCGGCGCAGGAGAAGCAGAAGGCUAUUCAGGCUGCUGCUGCUGCUGCUGCUGCAGAGGAGCAAGGGAAGAACAAGGCGGCGGAUCAAGAGGCCAAGGAAGCAGAACAUGUUGCUUCAGCGGUUGAUGGAAAAAGGGGACACGUACAUGUCAUUCCCAGACCCUUGGAGUGGACGCUCGUCAACGCCGAUGGUUCCUCCGAAUCAGAAUCCGAGACUGAUUCCGACGACAACUACGAGUUGGUUGACGGUAAAGGCGGAAACACCUCCGGCGUAACACCCGGCACCGCCCUCCCCGCCGCCACCGCCGAGCGCGGCACCGCCAUCUCCUUCCCCUCCAUAGAGCUACACGGCAUCGAGCUCCUCCAAGUAACCCUCCUCUCGCUCUCCGUCAAAUGCACCCGGUGCAAAACCCUCAACGACGUGACCUCGCUCAAAUCCAACAUCGAAAAGCUUGUCUCAUGCAAGAAAUGCGCCACAUCCUUCACCGUCCGCUUCCGCGCCGAGCUCGUCCACGCCCACUCCACCCGCGCCGGCUUCAUCGAUCUCUCCGGCUGCACCAUAUCCGACAUGCUCCCUUCCUCGUUCAUCCCCACCUGCGGUCGGUGCUCCACCCCUUACCCAUCCCCCGGCUUCGUUUCGGUGAGAGGCGAAUCAACCACCAACGUCUGCCGCGAAUGCCACGCCCGCUUCACCUUUAAACUCCCCGACGUCAAGUUCCUCACCUACUCUUCUUCCCAAUCCCACCUCCCGCCCACCCAGGGCCCCAAGCGCAAAGACCAAAAACUCGGUCUGCACGCCGGCGACCCCCUCCCCGCCAAGGGCGCCUGCGCGCACUAUAAGCGGUCUUAUCGAUGGUUCAGGUUCAGCUGCUGCAACAAGGUGUAUCCGUGCGACAAGUGUCAUCAGCAAGCGGAGGAUCAUGUGGACGAGUGGGCGAAUCGGAUGAUUUGCGGGUGGUGUUCGCGGGAGCAGAAUUAUCGGGUGGAGAACUGUGCGUUUUGUGGACGGAGCGUGGUGAGGAAGAGGACGGGCGGGUUUUGGGAGGGCGGGAAGGGGACGAGGGAUAAGGUGUUGAUGAGGAGGGGGGAUAGGAGGAAGUAUAGGAAUAAGAAGGAUGGGAAUAAGAGUAAUAAGGAGAAUGGUAUCAAAACGGUGUUCAUCUUUGUUAUUAUUCCCUUCCUCGAGGUAGGUAUCUUGAAGGUGCAUACGCUCGGAAUCUCCAACGGUCUGACCAAAACCCAGAAGUUUGACCGACCGCAUGGCCCCUUUACAGUAAAGUAUGCCAGGCAGGCAGGCGAUGUUGACGACAUCCUGCUGCGCCGGCUGCUGGGGCGCUUCGUUGACAUAUGA